CCCCGGGAGGCGGCGGCAGCGGCGGCGGCGACGAGGGAGCGAACCUCGAGCGGGCGGGCCCGAGCCUGAGGGAAGGGAGGAAGGGGCGGGGAGAGCGCCAGAGGGAGGCCGAACGACCGCGGGCGGGCGGGCAGCGCAGCGCCGAGCGGGGCCCGCGGGCCCAUGAGGAGGCCCGGGGACCAUGGGCUCCAGGAUCAAGAAGUUCUACAGACUUUGACCAAGUUUUGUUUCCCCUUCCGUGUGGACAGUCUCACAGUUAGCCAAGUUGGCCAGAACUUUACGUUUGUGCUCACUGACAUUGACAGCAAACAGAGAUUCGGGUUCUGCCGCUUAUCUUCAGGAGCGAAGAGCUGCUUCUGUAUCUUAAGCUAUCUCCCCUGGUUCGAAGUCUUUUAUAAGCUACUCAACAUCUUGGCAGAUUACACGACAAAAGGACAGGAGAGUCAGUGGAAUGAACUUCUUGAAACUCUGCACAAACUUCCCAUCCCUGACCCCGGAGUGUCUGUUCAUCUCAGCGUGCAUUCUUAUUUUACUGUGCCUGAUACCAGGGAACUUCCCAGCAUACCUGAGAAUAGAAAUCUGACAGAAUAUUUUGUGGCUGUGGAUGUAAACAACAUGUUGCAUCUGUACGCCAGUAUGCUCUACGAACGCCGGAUACUCAUCAUUUGCAGCAAGCUCAGCACUCUGACUGCCUGUAUCCACGGGUCUGCUGCCAUGCUGUACCCCAUGUACUGGCAGCACGUGUACAUCCCUGUCCUGCCUCCACAUCUGCUGGACUACUGCUGUGCUCCUAUGCCCUACCUCAUAGGAAUCCAUUUAAGUUUAAUGGAGAAAGUUAGAAAUAUGGCCCUGGAUGAUGUCGUGAUCCUGAACGUGGACACCAACACCUUGGAAACCCCCUUUGAUGACCUCCAGAGUCUCCCAAAUGAUGUGAUUUCUUCACUGAAGAGCAGGCUAAAGAAGGUCUCCACAACCACUGGUGAUGGUGUGGCCAGAGCAUUCCUCAAGGCCCAGGCUGCUUUCUUUGGUAGCUACCGAAAUGCUCUAAAAAUUGAGCCGGAGGAGGCAAUCACCUUCUGUGAAGAAGCCUUCGUGUCCCACUACCGUUCAGGAGCCAUGAGGCAGUUCCUGCAGAAUGCCACGCAGCUGCAGCUCUUCAAACAGUUUAUUGAUGGUCGAUUAGACCUUCUCAAUUCCGGUGAAGGUUUCAGUGAUGUUUUUGAAGAGGAGAUCAACAUGGGCGAGUAUGCUGGUAGUGAUAAACUGUACCACCAGUGGCUCUCCACAGUCCGGAAAGGAAGUGGAGCUAUUCUGAAUACGGUAAAAACGAAAGCAAACCCAGCCAUGAAGACUGUCUAUAAGUUUGCAAAAGAUCAUGCAAAAAUGGGAAUAAAAGAGGUGAAAAACCGCUUGAAGCAAAAGGACAUCACUGAGAAUGGCUGUGCCCCCACUACAGAAGAGCAGUUACCAAAGACUGCGCUGUCCCCACGAGUGGAGGCCAAGGACCCCAAGCUCAGAGAGGACCGGAGGCCAAUCACAGUCCACUUCGGACAGGUCCGCCCUCCCCGUCCACAUGUUGUUAAGAGACCAAAGAGCAACAUCACAGUGGAAAGCCGGAGGACAUCUGUCCCGAGCCCUGAGCACCUGGUAAAGCCCUUGCGACACUAUGCGGUCUUCCUCUCCGAAGACUCCUCUGAUGAUGAAUGCCAGCGGGAAGAGGGCCUGAGCUCUGGCUUCACCGAAAGCUUUUUCUUCUCCGCUCCCUUUGAAUGGCCGCAGCCAUAUCGGACACUCAAGGAGUCAGACAGUGCAGAAGGUGACGAGGCAGAGAGUCCGGAGCAGCGAACUCGGGAACCUGUGGGCCCAGCUCUGCCUGACCGGGCUGCCAGCAUCGAUCUUCUGGAAGACAUCUUCAGCAGCCUGGACAUGGAGGCCCCACUGCAGCCUCUGGGCCAGGCCAAGAGCUUAGAGGAUCUUCGGAUGCCUAAAGACCUGCGGGAGCAGCCGGGGACCUUUGAUUAUCAGAGGCUGGACCUGGGCGGGAGCGAGAGAAGCUGCGGGAUGCCGAUGGCCUUGAAGCUCGCCUACCCAUACAACAAGCUCUGGAGCCUGGGCCAGGAUGACAUGGCCAUCCCCAGCAAGGCCCCUGCUGCCUCCCCCAAGAAGCCCUCACCCCUGCGCGGGAACUCCCUAGCACUACAUCGCAGGCCCCAGAACCGGGACAGCAUCCUGAACCCCAGCAACAAGGAGGAGGCCCCCACUCCCACUCCUGGCAGUAUCACCCUUCCCCGGCCCCAGGGCAGGAAGACCCCGGAGCUGGGGAUCGUGCCGCCACCACCCACCACCCGCCCAGCCAAGCUGCAGGCUGCCAGCGCCGCGCUUGGCGACUUCUCAGAGCAGCUGCAGGCUGAGCAGGAAAGGCGAGCUGCCCCAACCCCAGCCCCAUUCCUGGGGCACCUCACCAGCACUGCCCCCCAUAGCACCUCUGAACUGCUCCAGCCUCUUAGCCUGGCACCAGGGCCCACCAGCACAGGCAACGACGCCCUGCUUGCCCUCCUGGACCCACUUCACACAGCCUGGCCAGGCAGCACCCUCCCACCAGGCCCUCCUGUCCCAAAUGUAGCCACCCCGUUCACCCCACAGUUCAGCUUCCCCCCUGCGGGGACCCCCACCCCAUUCCCACAGCCAUCUCUCAACCCCUUUGUCCCAUCUGUGCCAACCGCGCUGCCCACUGUGCCCCUGGUCUCUACACCCACGGGGCCUUUUGGGGCCCCUCCUGCCACCCUGGGGCCAGCUUUUGCACCCAGCCUCCUGCUGUCAAAUUCCAAUUUCUGUGUGCCACAUAGAUCUCAGCCCAACCUGUCCGCCCUCUCCAUGCCCAACCUCUUUGGCCAGAUGCCCAUGGGUGCCCACACCAGCCCCCUGCAGCCGCUGGGUCCCCCGGCAAUCGCCCCAUCGAGGAUCCGAACGUUGCCCUUGGCCCGCUCAAGUGCCAGGGCCGCCGAGGCCAAGCAGGGGCUCGCCCUGAGGCCUGGAGACCCCGCACUCCUUCCUCCCAGGCCCCACCAGGGCCUGGAGCCGGCGCUACAGCCCUCUGCUCCUCUGGAGACCAGAGACCCCUUUGAGGAUCUGUUACGGAAAACCAAGCAAGACGUGAGCCCAGCCCCUGCCCCAGGCUCAGUGGAGCAGCUCAGGAAGCAGUGGGAGACAUUCGAGUGAGCCAGGCCCU